AUUUCAUUUUGUGUGUGUGAGUAUUCGAUGUGAAUAUGGAGAAAGUGGAGGAGCAGCAGACUAACCAGAAACGGUUCACUUUUGCAGACAAAACACGAUUUAUUGUCUUAAUUAUUGGAUUAUGCUGUAUUUGCUGUACAAACGCAAACUAUAACGCAAUUAAUUUCUCGGUCAUUUGCAUGCAAGAUGUGAUAAGUGAACAAUCAGUAGUCAAUCAAACACAUUGGCUUGAAAAUACAGCUGAUGUAUCUUUCAUAUUUUCUGCUGGUGCUGCUGGGGCAAUUAUUGGACUUUUUCCAUCUGUUCCCCUGACUACAAAGUUUGGUGUCAGAAAUGUCUUAUCAUUUUAUGGACUUUUAACCGCCGUUUCCACUUUACUGAUUCCACUUGCAGUUUCUAUCGGGUAUUAUCCAGUCAUCAUUAUUCGAAUGUUCCAGGGGUUUGGAGCAUCUAUCUUGUUCUCAGCUAUUGGUAGCAUUUCUGAAGGAUGGUCUCCAAUUGCUGAAAUCAGUACUUACGUAGCAUUUUUAUCAGCAGGAUUUCAAAUCAGUAGUAUCAUUUUGAUGCCAGUAUCCGGAGUAUUAUGUGAAUCUCAAUUGGGUUGGAGAUAUAUAUUUUAUUUAUUUGGAGGAAUUUCAGUCAUUGCUCAUAUCAUAUUUUUCACAUUUUUCCGAGACUCAGCUACAGUUCACAGAAAUGUCAGUGGCAAAGAACUGAGAAAAAUAUCAACUGGACGUCUUCCAACUGCUGGAAGACAAACAGUUCCAUACUUGGAUAUUUGUAAAGAUAAAGUUGUUUUGUCAAUUUGGGCUGCUGCAAUCGGUGGAAACAUGUCGUUUAUGGCUUUGAUUACUUAUGGUCCAACAUAUCUCAACAAAGUGUUGGGACUUGAUGCCAGAGAAACUGGAUUUUUGAAUGCAAUUCCAUAUAUGCUUGCGACUGCUGUCAAAUUCGUGGCAGGACCGCUAUCUGACCACAUGACAUUUAUUCCGGAGACAUGGAGAAUGAUUUUCUUUGCUGCACUUUCCCAAUUAGGAUUGGCUAUUGGAUUUUUCGUUAUGGCGUUGACAAAUUCAAAAUUAAUUGCACAAAUCGCCUACACAGCUGCUAUUGUCCUCGCAGGGAUCAAUAUUGUAGGAGUGGUUAAAUGCGCUCAAAUGGUUGCCCGUCAACAUGUACAUUUUGUGAUGGCAGUUAUCUCUUUGAGCGCCUGGGGAGCCAUUUUUCUUCUUCCCAUCAUAAUUGGUUUUGUGUGUCCAAACCAUACAGCGUCAGAAUGGGCAGUUUUUUAUACUGCUGUUGGAAUAUGGGUUAUUAUAAUGAAUGUACCAUUUCCAUUUUUCGCAACUAUGGAUGCCGCGGAGUACACGAAACCUGAGUGGGAACAGAAAAAGAACACUGUUGCUCCGGAGCAACGAAUUUAAUUUUUUUAAAUAAUUUUUUGUUGUUUUUCUUUUCGAUUUUUUGUUAAAACGGGCAAUGAAACGAUUUUGAAUAU